CAGUGACGUCGACACCCAGGAAGUAACCAAACGACAACAAACCCAGCCGUCUGUUGAAGUCACAAUGGAGACUCGCUUCACCAGAGGCAAGUCUGCUAUUCUGGAGCGGCCCCUGAGCCGCCCUAAGACCGAGGUGAGUGUGAGCGUGUUCGCCCUGCUGUUCUCGGAGGUGGUGCAGUACUGCCAGAGCCGCGUGUACUCUGUGACCGAGCUGCAGGCUCGUCUGUCGGAGCUGGGACAGAGAGUGGGAGGCAGUCUGCUGGACGUGCUGGUGCUGAGGGAGAAGAACGGCAAGAGGGAGACCAAGGUGCUCAACAUCCUGCUGUUCAUCAAGGUAUCUGUGUGGAGAGCGUUGUUUGGCAAGGAGGCAGACAAGCUGGAGCAGGCCAACGACGACGACAAGACGUACUACAUCAUUGAGAAGGAGCCCCUCGUCAACACCUUCAUCUCUGUCCCCAAAGAGAACAGCACCUUGAACUGCGCAGCCUUCACCGGGGGCAUCGUGGAGGCCAUCCUCACCCACAGCGGCUUCCCCGCCAAGGUCACCGUCCACUGGCACAAAGGCACCACGCUCAUGAUCAAGUUCGAUGAGGCGGUGAUUGCCAGAGACAAGGCACUGGAAGGACGAUAGAGACGAAGAGGAUGACAGGAUGGCAGGGCGUCUGUGAGCAGAGGCGUGAAGGGACUGAUGACAUGUCUGUAAAACCGUUUUUGGAUUGUAAAUUUAAGGAGAGCUUAAACUGAAUGCACAAAAAAAACCCGAAAUAAAUCAAGCAGUUAUUUUCAUCACUGAUUAACUGCAGAUGAGUCCAAGUGAUGACUGAUGAUUUAUUUUUCAUUUGGUCAAUAAAAAAUAAUAAUAAUAAUAAUAAUAAAAGAAAAUUCCUGUUACAGUUCCCACACUCAGGCUGAUGUAUUUAGAGUUUCCAUGUAAUUUCAAAUAGAACAGAACAGUAUUUUUUUUGUUUGUUUUGCACAAUGUAUUAGCCUGACAACAGUUUUCAGGCCAAUCAGCUGAUGACUAACAGGAUGACAGUUGUCUAUACAUGUUUGUAUGAGAUCAUGGCAACACCAGAACAAUCUAUCAGUGCUGUAGUCGUUAGGUGGGGCCAUAGAUAUGUAUAAUUCAAGAGUUUUUAUUGUCAUAUGCACAGCAAAACAGGUAUUUAUACUGUGCAAUGAAAUUCUUAUUCUGUUCAUUCUCCCUAAGGAGAGUAAAACGGAUGUCUGCCACGGAGGGUGCCAUCUUUUCGUUUUUUUAAUAAAGCCUUUAUUAUACAUAUCUAUGGGUGGGGCAGCUUUACUUGUGUAACAUAUUAAAACUACAAUUAAAGCACUAUAUUUAUGCAAAAAAACUGUGUAUACUUGUGUAUUGCAAAGAUAAAAUGUAGAUAGAUGCAAAUACAGAAGUGUUUUUUUGAAUAUAGUCAUUUAUUUUCAUGAGCUCUGGAAAUAAUUGUUACGAAAUCGUGGAUGUUUUACGAUACAGGAUGGUUUAACUGGGAAAUAAAAUGUUGGGAAAUCAAGGAGGAAA